AUGGCAGCACAAGUUGCAGAUGUGUCACCCCGGACCCGCAGCUGGAGCUAUGAGCUUUUACCACCUGACAUGUCUGAGCUGAGAGUUGUUCUUCUGGGAAACCACUGGAGACAGAGAUGCUUCGUGGAGAGCAUCUUAGUUAAAAAGGAAACAAUGGUCAACGAUAACAAAGGCGAGAAGUUGACCCAUGAAGCAUUCGAAUCUCCCUCUGCUCCUCCUCACAGCAGGGAACAGGGAGAACCAGGAACAAUUCUGGAAAAUGUUCAGAAAACUGGAUUAACUGCAAAGGACCCAACCAAACAAGAAGGAAGCUGUGUUCAAACUAGUUCUGAACUUCGUAUCCUUCUGUUUGGAAAAAAUGCCAUGAUCGGAGAGAGAACAUUUCUCGAGAACAAAUCGUCUGAGUGCACCAAACAUCAGAGAGCGCUGAAUGGGAGGUUGCUGUCCGUCGUGAAGAUGCCGUCUCUCUGCAGUGAACCGAACCAAACAAAGAGGGAGAAGUUCUGGGAGAGCAUAUGUCUGUGUGACCCUGACGGUGUCCAUGCCUUUGCCCUGGUUCUGCCUGUAGCUUCUCUCACAGAUGAAGACAAAGCUGAGUUUAAGAUCCUCCAGGAUGUUCUGGGUUCCUAUGUAGAUGAUCUCACCAUCAUUCUGUUCACUGUGGAGUCAGAUUCUUCAGCUUCAGCUUUUACUAACUUUGUCAGUACAAACAUGGACCUGAAGAAGCUCUAUCAAUGCUGUGGUGGACGUUAUAUCAUCUUCAAUGUUAAAGACCAGCAAGAAAUGCAAAUUAAGAAGAUCACACAUCUCCAGAGCCUCGAAGCUCCAACAGAAACAAGACAAGUCACUGGGGGAUCAAAGCAUGCAGAGAGUCUGAGGAUUGUGUUGAUAGGAAAGACAGGUAGUGGGAAGAGCAGCUGUGGAAACACCAUUCUGGGACGACAACAGUUUGAAUCGGACUUUAGCCAAGAAUCUGUGACCAAACGUUGUAAGAAGGCACAUGGUGAAGUGGACGGUCGUCGUGUGACUGUGGUGGACACUCCUGGCCUGUUCGACAGCACUUUGUCUAAUGAUGAGAAGCUGAUCUCUGAUUGUGGAAACAGGUGUCAUGUCUUUGAUAAUGAGAAACCUACAGAGAGAAAAACUUACCAAGUCAGAGACCUGAUCAAGAUGAUUGAAGAUGUGGUGAAAGUGAACGGUGGGGGCUUCUACACAAAUGAACAGAACAAGAGAGAGGAAGAAGACAGACAGAGGAAAGAGAAAGAUAAAGCUACAAGAGAGGAGUAUGAGCGAAAGCUUCAAGAGUUAGAGAUGGAUAAAAUGCAAGAGAACAAAGAAAAAAUGGAAAAGGAACGAGAAGCCUGGGAAGAGGAGAGAAGACAGUGGUGGGAAAACCGACGCCAGCAGGACGAACAGAGACGAGAGCAGGAGCAGGAGAGACUUGAGAAACUGGAGCAAGAAUACAAAGACAAACUGGAAACGUACAGAAAAAAGAAAGAAGCAGAAGAUAAAGACAGACUCGAGCAAGAGGAGAAGCAGAGGAAGAGGUUGCAGGAAAGACAUGAGAAACAAGUCGAGGAACUGAGGACGACGUUUGAGGAAGAAGCUCGCAAGAAGGCGGAAGAGUUCAACGACUUCAAACGUAAGAAGGACAUGGACUUUGCAGCUCUGAUCGACAAAAGCUUGCAAGAAGUUAAUGCCCUUAAAAAGGAGAUUCAAGAGGGGAAGAAAGAAUAUGAAGCAUUAGAAAAUCUGGCUUCUCACAAAGAGACAACUCUGAAAGGUGAAAUGGAGGAUCAGCUCAAGAAGCACAAGAAUCAGAUGAUUGAUUUGGCCAUCGUGGUUUUAAAGGAAAAGAAAGAAAACAGCAAUAAAAUCAGGGAUCUCCAGAAAAAACAUGAAAAAGAAAUGAUCGAAUGUAAGACAGACAUAGAGAACAAGUUUGAACAAAAACAAGAAGAAGAAUUGAAGAAGUUGGAGGCCAAACAAAGAAAAGAGAUGAAAACUCUGGAACAGGAAACUACGGAAGAUGAACUCCAGCAAAGAAAGACAGAUCUGUCUGCUCAACACAAAGAACAACUGACACAACUGACGUCUGACUUAGAGCCGGAAAGAAAGGAAUAUGGAAAAUAA